CCAUUUCCUCUUUUAAUUAUCCCCAAGCAAAAAGAUGGAGCACAUCAGACGCAUCGCGGUAAAUCCCAGCCCUGGCACGAGCUCAUAGCAGUUCCCGCGUCUGCGUCUGGCAAACCCGAUAGAGAACGCGCGUUGGCAGAGAGAGAGGCUGCCUGGAAAUGUUUAAUGGAAGAAUGGGGAGGAUGAUCUCUAAGCAAAACAGGUAUUCACUCUAUUCACGUGGGAGACUUUGGCAAGCACAGACCGAUCACGCCGCGUUUUCAACACCAGAUUAGCCAAUUCUGAAGAGAAGCCUCCAUCGAAUUAAUAUAUUUAUACAGACCCCUUGUUUACACCCCAGAAGAGUCAGCAAGAUAGUGUUCUUUAAAUGACUGCUUAGAAAGGGCCACAUUGGAGGCCUACUUAGGCUAAGUGGUCCUAUCUCUGCCUGCAAUAUUUUGGAGAUAUAUUGUGAUGGUUUUUGACAGUGAGUUUAAAGACAUCAUGGUUUGGAAUUUGAAGCCAUGUUCAGUUUUAGUGCAAUUCAAUGUCUCUUUGUUUUGACUAAAAUCUGUUUGCAUGAUGUUAUAGGCUCAGUUUAAUUAGGUAGCCUAUCAAAUAUGUGGUAUGGCUCUUUCUUUCCCAACUGUGUAAGAUUUUUUAAAAAGGUUGAGAGUUAACCAGCAUUAGGCUGAUUUCUGUCAACAUUCUCUGCACUGCAGAGUGCAAAUCAAUCUCCAAGGCCCCUUUCAGUGGGCUAAUAGUGUCAUCAUUUCCUAUGUGAUUAGCCUACACAUAUUGCACUAUGCAUGGUUGGGUAGGUUACUUUCUAAAUGUAAUCCGUUACAGUUAAUAGUUACCUGUCCGAAAUUGUAAUCAGUACUGUACUGUGGGUUACCCAAACUCAAUAAUGUAAUCUGAUUAUGCUCAGUUACUGAAUGUCAUUGAGAAAACAGAAAGGUGUCAUAGUGUGAAUUUAAAAGUAAUCCAAGAAGUAGUUUUUUCCCAACAAACAUCCUUUCUGAAUUUAAAAGAAAUCCAAUAAGUAAUCAUGUAGUUUUUCCAAAGUAUAUUUAAUCUGAUUACAAUAUUUUUUCUGGUAACAUACGUAACUGAUUAUAGUUCGUUUUUUGUAAUCAGAUUACAUGUAACUGAUUACUCCCCAACCCUGGCACUGUGUGUUCCUUGGACAACACAGAGAUGGCUGCAAUGCCCCCCCCCCCCCCCCCCCCCCCCCCCCCCCCCCAGGAUGAGGAUGAUGAUGAUAAGGAGGAGGAUGAUGAUGAUGAUGAGGAGGAUGAUGAUGAUGAGGAGGAGGAGGAGGAGGAGGAUGAUGAUGAUGAUGAUGAUGAUGAUGAUGAUAGUGGUGUUAACGACAACGAUGAAGAUGCAGUCCAAAAGCGUUAGCAAAAAAACCUAAGAUGAGUGCAACUAGAAUGAUGAAGUGUCUAACGAAGAGUCUGAUGAAGACUGAGUCCUAUUAUGCACCCAAGACCUCAAUCUGGUCACAUUUUCAACAACAACAAACAAUUAUCACAAGAACCUUUAGAGAAGCAGACAUCUGAUGAAUCAGAGACAAUUACACUGCACAAUGUGAUAAAAGGAUAUCAAUGAUCUACUUAUGUCAUAGAGUGCCGCUUAAAACAUGAAACCUAAAGAAGCCAAGGGGAAUUUCAAGGCAACGAUUAUCAAAAAAUUAAAGCUCAUCAACUGUUCUUUAACUCUGAAAAUGAGUCACAUUUGGUUAGAAACGUUGCCAGAGUAGCAGGUUUUUGCCCAGGAACAGAAUGGCUAUUGUGUUUCAGAAAACAUAGUCUUUCUACAGAGUUGAAGCAGCAAAAUGCAGAAGUAGAGAGAGGGCAUGGGCUCUUUAUCCUCAUGAAAGGCUAAAGGAUGAGACUGACCUUUCUGGCAUCAGCUGGGCUUUGGGAACAGAACACACAAGGGCAACUCUUUCUGGCCUUUUCCCUUACGCUCUGGGGUAUGUUUUACAAGCCAAAGCACUAUUACUUUUCACAUACACUCAGACACAACUAUGCCCUCCCUUUGACACACACACACACACACACACACACACACACACACACACACACACACACACACACACACACACACACACACACACACACACACACACACACACACACACACAGUUGUCUGUACAUGGCAUCAGAGUAGGUCUGCAGGCUAUGGAAGCAAAAAGAGAACAGAUCACUCUAGAUUACAUCAACACAAGGGCUUGAUUCAAUCAAUAACAUCAGAAUCACUUACACACACACAGGUCUAUGAACAAAACACAACCACGAUUCUGUGACCUGAGAUCAGGGAGAGGGAAAACAUGAACCCACACUGAAAUAAACGAUGAUAAUCCAUUUAACAUUUUCGUAACUUUGUCAUAUCAACAUUCAAUAAAAAAAAUUCACAUCAACCCCAAAUAUUUGUAGAAAUAUGGCUUUGUUUUGUUUACUAGAGAGUGCACGAACAGUCUCACCUCCUGCAAACAUUAAAAGCUCUGUUGUUCACACUACAUACCUAAAGGCCUUUUGUGUGAUGUUUCAAUGGGUGCAUCACCAGGUCAUGGCUGAACAAGGGUCUGUGUAGAGAAAACAGAAUGAGGCAGGCAUAUGGGGUAGAGGGGGAGUUUUCAUAUUUGUUUCGGUAAACUCUAGCACUUGUGGGUAAAGAGGAGCCUAUGGUUUGAGAGACAAUUGGAAUGGUAACUGAUGUCUAAAAAGGUAACUUCUAGUCACUACGAUGUAGACACAGGUCUAUUUUACUGUCAGUAGAAGAGUAUAAAAAAAGGACCUGUGAGUCUGCUGAGGGCUACGGUGCAGACAUCAAGCCCUCCAACCAUGGGAAAGGUAUGAGCUAACACGUUUAGCUUACUUGUUUGAUGAUUGCUGAUGUAAUUAGGGGGAUAACCAAAUGCUGUUAGGCUUAAGGUAUAGGGAAGCUAUUUGGCAAAGUAAGCUACGCAUACAAUUUAUGAAGCUAUGUUAAAGACUUCAGUUGUAAAACUAAACGCAACAUGCAACAAUUUCAAAGAUUUUACUGAGUUACAGCUCACAUAAGGAAAAUAUGUCAAUUGAAAUAAAUAAACUAGGCCCUAAUCUAUGGAUUUCACAUGACUGGGAAUACAGAUAUGCAUCUGUGUUGGUCACAGAUACCUUAAAAAUAAAGUAGGGGAGUGAAUCCUUAGAGUUGAUCAGGCUGUUGAUUGUGGCCUGUGGAAUGUUGUCCCACUCCUCUUCAAUGGCUGUGAGAAGUUGCUUGAUAUUGGCGGGAUCUGGAACACCUCGAUCCAGAACAUCCCCGAGUGGCGCAGUGGUCUAAGGCUGUGCCACUAGAGAUCCUGGUUCGAAGCCAGGCUCUGUCGUAGCCGACCGGGAGACCCAUGGGGUGGCGCACAAUUGGCCCAGCGUCGUCCAGGGUAGGGGAGGGAAUGGCCGGCAAGGAUGUAGCUCAGUUGGUAGAGCAUGGCGUUUGCAACGCCAGGGUUGUGGGUUCGAUUCCCAUGGGGGGCCAGUAUGAAAAAUCAAUAAAAAUAAUGAAUGCACUCUGGAUAAGAGCGUCUGCUAAAUGACGUAAAUGUAAAUCCCAAACAUGCUCAAUGGGUGACAUAUUUGGUGAGUAAACAGGCCAUGGAAGAACUGGGACAUUUUCAGCUUCCAGGAAUUGUGUACAGAUCCUUGUGAUAUGGGCUGAAACACGAGGUGAUGGCGGCAGAUCAAUCUUCAAUCAUUGGAUAACAAAUUGGAUGACCUAAGAUUACGGUUAUCCUACCAACGGGACAUUAAAAACUGUAAUAUCUUAUGUUUCACCGAGUCGUGGCUGAACGACGACAUGGAUAACAUACAGCUAGCGGGCUAUACGCUACAUCGGCAGGAUAGAACGGCUCACUCCGGUAAGACAAGGGGUGGCGGUCUGUGUAUAUUUGUAAACAACAGCUGGUGCACAAAUACUAAGGAAGUCUUGAGGUUUUGCUCGCCUGAGGUAGAGUAUCUUAUGAUAAGCUGUAGACCACACUAUUUACCAAGAGAGUUUUCAUCUAUAUUUUUCAUAGCUGUCUAUUUACCACCACAAACCAAUGCUGGCAUUAAGAUUGCACUGAAUGAGUUGUACAAGGCCAUAAAUCAACAGGAAAACGCUCAUCAAGAUGCAGCGCUCCUAGUGGUCGGGGACUUUAAUGCAGGGAAACUUAAAUCCGUUCUACCUAAUUUCUACCAGCAUGUUAAAUGUGCAACCAGAGGAAAAAAAACUCUAGACCACCUUUACUCCACACACAGAGACGCAUACAAAGCUCUCCCUCGCCCUCCAUUUGGCAAAUCUGACCAUAACUCUAUCCUCCUGAUUCCUGCUUAUAAGCAAAAACUAAAGCAGGAAGCACCAGUGACUCGGUUAAUAAAAAAGUGGUCAGAUGACGCAGAUGCUAAGCUACAGGACUGUUUUGCUAGCACAGACUGGAACAUGUUCCGGGAUUCUUCAGACAGCAUUGAGGAGUACACCACAUCAGUCACUGGCUUCAUCAAUAAGUGCAUUGAUGAUGUCGUCCCCAAAGUGACCGUACGUACAUACCCUAACCAGAAGCCAUGGAUUACAGGAAACAUCCGCACUGAGCUAAAGGGUAGAGCUGUCGCUUUCAAGGAACGGGACUCUAACCCGGACGCUUAUAAGAAAUCCCGCUAUGCCCUCCGACGAACCAUCAAACAGGCAAAGAGUCAAUACAGGACUAAGAUUGAAUCGUACUACACUGGCUCUGACGCUCGUCGGAUGUGGCAGGGCUUGAAAACUAUUACAGACUACAAAGGGAAGCACAGCCGCGAGCUGCCCAGUGACACAAGCCUACCAGACGAACUAAACCACUUCUAUGCUCGCUUCGAGGCAAGCAACACUGAAGCAUGCAUGAGAGCACCAGCUGUUCCGGAUGACUAUGUGAUCACGCUCUCCGUAGCCGAUGUGAGUAAGACUUUUAAGCAGGUCAACAUUCACAAGGCCGCAGGGCGAGACGGAUUACCAGGACAUGUACUCCGAGCAUGUGCUGACCAACUGGCAAGUGUCUUCACUGACAUUUUCAACAUGUCCCUGACUGAGUCUGUAAUACCAACAUGUUUCAAGCAGACCACCAUAGUCCCCGUGCCCAAGGACUCUAAGAUAACCUGCCUAAAUGACUACAGACCUGUAGCACUGACGUCUGUAGCCAUGAAGUGCUUUGAAAGGCUGGUCAUGGCUCACAUCAACAGCAUUAUCCCAGAAACCCUAGACCCACUCCAAUUUGCAUACCGCCCCAACAGAUCCACAGAUGAUGCAAUCUCUAUUGCACUCCACACUGCCCUUUCCCACCUGGACAAGAGGAACACCUACGUGAGAAUGCUAUUAAUUGACUACAGCUCAGCAUUCAACACCAUAAUGCCCUCUAAGCUCAUCACUAAGCUAAGGAUCCUGGGACUAAACACCUCCCUCUGCAACUGGAUCCUGGACUUCCUGACGGGCCGCCCCCAGGUGGUAAGGGUAGGUAACAACACAUAUGCCACACUGAUCCUCAACACGGGGGCCCCUCAGGGGUGCGUGCUCAGUCCCCUCCUGUACUCUCUGUUCACCCAUGACUGCAUGGCCAGGCACGACUCCAACACCAUCAUUAAGUUUGCCGACGACACAACAGUGGUAGGCCUGAUCACCGACAACGAUGAGACAGCCUAUAGUGAGGAGGUCAGAGACCUGGCCGUGUGGUGCCAGGACAACAACCUCUCCCUCAACGUGACCAAGACAAAGGAGAUGAUUGUGGACUACAGGAAAAAAAAGAGGACUGAGCACGCCCCCAUUCUCAUCGACGGGGCUGUAGUGGAACAGGUUGAGAGCUUCAAGUUCCUUGGUGUCCACAUCACCAACGAACUAUCAUGGUCCAAACACACGAAGACAGUCGUGAAGAGGGCACGACAAAGCCUAUUCCCCCUCAGAAGACUGAAAAGAUUUGGCAUGGGUCCUCAGAUCCUCAAAACAUUCUACAGCUGCACCAUCGAGAGCAUCCUGACUGGUUGCAUCACCGCCUGGUAUGGCAACUGCUUGGCCUCCGACUGCAAGGCACUACAGAGGGUAGUGUGUACGGCCCAGUACAUCACUGGGGCCAAGCUUCCUGCCAUCCAGGACCUCUAUACCAGGCGGUGUCAGAGGAAGGCCCUCAAAAUUGUCAAAGACUCCAGCCACCCUAGUCAUAGACUGUUCUCUCUGCUACCGCACGGCAAGCGGUACCGGAGUGCCAAGUCUAGGUCCAAAAGACUUCUCAACAGCUUCUACCCCCAAGCCAUAAGACUCCUGAACAGCUAAUCAUGGCUACCCGGACUAUUUGCACUGCCCCCCCACCCCAUCCUUUUUACGCUGCUGCUACUCUUUUAAUUAUUUAUGCAUAGUCACUUUAACUCUACCCACAUGUACAUAUUACCUCAACUACCUCAACUAGCCGGUGCCUCCGCACAUUGACUCUGCAAAUGUACCCCCCUGUAUAUAUAGCCUCCCUACUGUUAUUUUAUUUUACUUCUGCUCUUUUUUUUCUCAACACUUUUUUUGUUGUUGUUUUAUUUUUACUUUUUUUGUUAAAAAUAAAUGCACUGUUGGUUAAGGGCUGUAAGUAAGCAUUUCACUGUAAUGUCUGCACCUGUUUUAUUCGGCGCAUGUGACCAAUACAAUUUGAUUUGAUUUGAUUUGAGAUUAAUGGAACGACAAUGAACCUCAGGAUAUCGUCACGGCAUCUCUGUGCAUUCAAAUUGCAAUCAAUAAAAUGCAAUUGUGUUCGUUGUCCGUAGCUUAUGCCUGCCCAUACCAUAACCCCACCGCCACCAUGGAGCACUCUGUUCACAAUGUUGACAUCAGCCUUGCAAUAACUUUCUCAAAAUGUACACUAUCGUUCAAAAGUUUGGGGUCACUUAGAAAUGUCCUUGUUUUUGAAAGAAAAUCAUUUAUUUUGUCCAUUAAAAUAACAUCAUAUUGAUCAGAAAUACAAUGUAGACUCAAAAUGGCCAGAAACAAAUAACUUUCUUCUGAAACUCGUCAGUGUAUUCUUGUUCUGAGAAAUGAAGGCUAUUCCAUGUAUCAAUGUCAACAGUGAAGAGGCGACUCCGGGAUGCUGACCUUCUAGGUAGAGUUGCAAAGAAAAAGCCAUAUCUCAGACUGCCCAUCUUAAUGUUUUCUUUUUAUUGGCCAGUCUGAGAUAUGGCAUUUUUUCUUUGCAUCUCUGCCUAGAAGGAUAGCAUCCCGGAGUCGCCUCUUCACUGUUGAUGUUGAGACUGGUGUUUUGCGGGUACUAUUUAAUGAAGCUGCCAGUUGAGGACCUGUGAGGAGCCUGUUUCUCAAACUAGACACUCUAAUGUAUUUGUCCUCUUGCUCAGUUGUGGACCGGGGCCUCCCACUCCUCUUUCUAUUCUGGUUAGAGCCAGUUUGCGCUGUUCUGUGAAGGGAGUAGUACACAGCGUUGUACGAGAUCUUCAGUUUCUUGGCAAUUUCUAGCAUAAAAUAGCCUUAAUUUCUCAGAACAAGAAUAGACUGACGAGUUUCAGAAGAAAGUUAUUUGUUUCUGGCCAUUUUGAGCCUGUAAUCGAACCCACAAUUGCUGAUGCUCCAGAUACUCAACUAGUCUCAAGAAGGCCAGUUUUAUUGCUUCUUUAAUCAGCACAACAGUUUUCAGCUGUGCUAACAUAAUUGUAAAAGGGUUUUCUAAUGAUCAAUUAGCCUUUUAAAAUGAUAAACUUGGAUUAGCAAACACAACGUGCCAUUGGAACACAGGACUGAUGGUUGCUGAUAAUGGGCCUCUGUACGCCUAUGUAGAUAUUCUAUUAAAAAUCAGCCGCUUCCAGCUACAAUAGCCAUUUACAACAUUAACAAAGUCUACACUGUAUUUCUGAUCAAUUUGAUGUUAUUUUAAUGGACAAAAAAAUUGCUUUUCUUUCGAAAACAAGGACAUUUCUAUAUGACCCCAAACUUUUGAACGGUAGUGUAUCUCAAUACAGUGAGAGAUAUCUAUGGUGUGCAGCGUCCCUUAACAGACCAGAUCAAACAUACUUAGGCACAAUGCUUCUUAAGCUUGCCACAGUUUCAAAUCAAAUAACAUUUGUUGAGGGAGCUAGCUUGCUGAGGGAGCUAGCUUGCUGAGGGAGCUAGCUUGCUGAGGGAGCUAGCUUGUUGAGGGAGCUAGCUUGCUGAGGGAGCUAGCUUGUUGAGGGAGCUAGCUUGUUGAGGAGCAACACUACAUCCAUGAGUAUGGCUUUCAGUCAAAAGUCAUUUUACUACCAUCAUCCCGACUCAGUAUAAAUAACUCUCUACAUAAACUAUUUUAUACAUUUCUGUUCUUUGUAGAUUAUCUUUUACGAAGGCCACAACUUCCAGGGUCGACACUAUGAGUGCAACAGUGACUGUGCUGACACCUUCAGACACUUCAACUGCUGUAACUCUAUCAGGGUGACCGGCGGUCACUGGGUGGCCUACGAGAAGCCCAACUUCAACGGCUACCAGUACAUCCUGAACAAGGGAGAGUACUCUGACUACCACUGCUGGAUGGGCUUCAAUAACUGCAUCCGUUCCUGCCAGAUGUUCCCCCCCGUAAGUCAAUCAAACUGAUGGAUAGGGUUACUCCUGCCACACAUCAAAUGGCACUUUAGAAAUCAGCGUCAAUCACCAGCCUUUUGAUGUCAUUUAUAGAUACAGAGAGGAGUCAAAGCAUCAAAGUACCACAAGGAGAUCCAGUCAUGUUAUAAAGGAAUAGGCUACAUGCACCCCCAAAGACUUACCUUCUUAAUUUUCAUUCUAUUCAUCAUCACUCAGUGUUUUUGGCAGUUUAAAAAAAAAGUAUUAUACUGCUGCUUUGAGAGGUUGCUCCUCAUUUGACUGAAGAUCUAUUUCUAAAGGAAUCAAGUCUCUGGUAUUAAUCGAUGUGUAGAAAUGCUUAGAUUGCCCAGUGUAUAAAACUCUACUGUGACCUCUGUGAUCAUUACGCCCCUAAUCACUUCAUGUUCUCCCUAUCCUCUCCUUUCUGUCUCUUCCGCCAACAGUACAGAGGAGCCUACAGGAUGAGAAUCUACAACAGGCCUGAGAUGUCUGGUCACAUGAUGGAAUUCAUGGACGACUGCCCCGACGUGUAUGAGCGUUUCCGCUACCGUGACAUCUUCUCCUCCAACGUCAUGGAAGGCUACUGGGUGUUCUACGAGCACCCCAACUACAGGGGUCGUCAGUACUUCCUCCGCCCCGGCGAGUACAGGGCCUGCAGCGACUGGGGCUGCCACAACCCCAUGGUGGGCUCCUUUAGGAGAAUGAGGAGUGGCCUGUAAGCUUCUCACCUCUGGACUGUAACAAAGUGAUUAAACGUGCUGGUUUUUAAAAUGUGGCUUCUCUGUGUGAUUUUCUUUCCAUCUCAAAUCACUGGCAAAACAAUAACAAAGCUUUUGAGUAAAUAAUUAAGUUCCAGCAAAUGGCAAGUGUUGGAUAGAGAGUAUGGUUAUUAGACAGGAGAAUUGCUGUGCAUGUAUACUAUACUAUAAUUAGCCCUAAAAUAUGGAUGCACCCUCAUAAACGAUUUAUCCAGCUGUAUUUCUGUAUUUUGAAAGUUAUACAUCUUGAAAACUUGAUUGCUGACAUGCAAAACAUUUUGGGAGUAUAUCAACAAUGGACUAAUGAAACAAAUACCAAAAUAUCGUUUUUACGUGGAGUUUUCCUUUAAGUUGAGCAGGGAUGAUACCAGUAUCGCCAUACUCGUUAGUAUCAUGGCAAGGAAACAAAACAAGGUGGAUUCAACUUCUUUAGUAAAACAGCCCUAAUGUUGGAAACAAAAAUCAUUAUGUUGUCAUCCAGAGUCACAUUUAUCUAUAUUCCAAUCUAUAGCACACAAUAUUUUACAUACAGCAGGUUUUUAAAGGACCAAAGAGUUUGGUCUGCUUCCUGUUUUCAUUUUUGCCAUGGGAAAAAAUAUUGCGAUACUGGUAUGUCACAGCCCUAACGUUAAGUGUAUUAUUAACAUUUACAUUUACAUUUUAGUCAUUUAGCAGACGCUCUUAUCCAGAGCGACUUACAGUUAGUGAAUACAUAUUUUUUUUUAUUUUUUUUUUAUACUGGCCCCCCAUGGGAAUCGAACCCACAACCCUGGCGUUGCAAACGCCAUGCUCUAUCAACUGAGCUACAUCCCUGCCGGCCAUUCCCUCCCCUGCCCUGGACGACGCUAAGCCAAUUGUGCGCCGCCCAUGAGUCUCCCGGUCGCGGCCGGCGGCGACAGAGCCUGGAUUCGAACCAGGAUCUCUAGUGGCACAGUUAGCACUGCGAUGCCGUGCCUUAGACCACUGCGCCACUCAGGAGUAGUUAACUAAUUAACUAACUGAUUGACUGAAUGAACUGCAAAUCAGACACUCAUUGCAACAAGUUCAAUCCAUUCUAAAGCUGUUUAGGAGGGCCUAGUAUUUCUCUCUCUGGCAGUCUAUCUGUACAUUGCUAGCCUCUAUGCCAAUAAAGGCAGAGGUUGCAACUCUUAUUGUGGUACUUCGGAAAGUGCCGUUGUACAGUAUUUUCCACAGAGAUAGAGAGCUUUGACAGAGACAAAGAGCUGCUGCUGUGGGCCAGCCCUAUAGUUUUCUGUAGUCUGUAGAGCACAUUGUGCUGACACGACAAAGCUUUGUGUCACAUUUACAAAGGCCUGAUCCCUGCAGGGUCUAUAAAGAGGUCCAGUACCGCUCACUACCCGGUCCAGUCCGAACUAAACACAGUCACAAUGAGCAAGGUAAGCAUGAAGACACUAUGCGUUUCACAGGGAAAUACAGGAAAGAGGCUUAUUUAUCAAUUUUCUAUGAUAAAACGCGAUACAUGUUUCAUAUUUGGCUUUGCUGGAUACUGUUAUAAAUAGCUAAAUAGCUUGCAAUUUAUGCAGAAAUGAAUGGCCAUUAAUGAUAUUGGAGGGGGAUUUUAGGAGAUGGUGAAUAGAAUGUGUCAAAGGCUCAAAGCUAAUGUGCAAGUAUGAAUGGACUGGACAGAGAGGAGGGCUGCACAAAUGCAUAGUCUCAAAGGUAGGUGCUUUUAGCAACACGGGUGUAUUUAUUAUCUAAAGCAGGGGUACUCAACUCUUACCUUACGAGGUCCAUAGCCUGCUGGUUUUCUGUUCUACCUGAUAAUUAAUUGGACACCCCUGGUGUCCCAGGUCUAAAUAAGUCCCUAAUUAGAGAACAAUGAAUAAAUGCAGUGGAACUGGCUUUGAGGUCCAGACUUGAGAUUGAGGGAUCUAAAGGAUUGUAUUAUUAAAUAGACUAAAUAAAGUCCCCCACAAGUUAUUCAUUUUUUUUCCACAUUUGGCGCAAGUGCAGGACUUUUAUUUUGACAUGAGGUAAGCAGAGAGGAAGUGGGUCUACAACAGACCCAUGUUUGAAAAGUCUGUUUAAUAAUACGAUCCUUUAGAUAUUUUGUCUCAAAUCCCCCCCCCCCCCGUCAUAACCAACCAUCCUGCCCACCGGCACAGUAAGUUAAAAUGGAUUUAUCUUCUGGCUUCCCACGGACUGUUUUUGUGCAACCCAAUACAAUUGAAAGCAACACUAGUGUAUGUAACUACAAAGGCGUUGCAAAAAGCCCAUACCUCAAAGGCAGAUGUCAAAUGGCACCCUAUCACCCACAUAAUGCAUAUUUUGCCAGGAAAAAAAUACCUAAGAAUAUCAGACAUUAAGUAAUAGCACUGCAUAGGCCAUAGUCGGGGCGGCAGGUAGCUUAGUGGUUAAGAGCGUUGUGCCAGUAACUGAAAGGUUGCUGGUUCUAAUCCCCGAGCCGACUAGGUGAAAAAUCUGUCGAUGUGCCCUUGAGCAAGGCAAUUAACCCUAAUUGCUCGUGUAAAUCACUCUGGAUAAGAGCGUCUGCUAAAAAUGUAAAAAUAGUCUGCUGCUGUAGGUUACUUAGUUGAAUCAUAACUUUACUGCUGUGAAGGUUGCCACACCAGCUUUCUGAUAGCUGCUAAUUGCACGCUGUGGCUGACAAUAAAUGUACAUUUUGCAACACAUUAUGUAGAGUAUUCCUUUAUUCUAAAAUAACACUUUUAGUAUGAUAAAAUUAAGUAAAUUAACAGAUUAAUGUAAUUCACAUGUAUGUGGCUUGAGCUACUUCGAAGGACUUUAACAAAAUGCUAGGCCUACUUGUGUAGGUUCAGUCUUGUAGUUCAACUUCACUUUCACAACUAAACCAGAAGAUGGAAGUCAUUUGUUCGUCUUGUCAAUGUUGUUUCGCUUGCAUUCUGUUUUGAAAUUAUUUGACUAAAUUGCUGGCGAAGACUCUUGACAAAUCGGCAUACUUUCUAGCCUUUUAAAACAUAGAAAAUCAAAUGGCGAGGACUGGUCACGUGAUGAUGAGCAGCAUCACCUGUAACAGAUAAAGGUUAAUGGCUAGAAGGGAUCCAGCUUUUGUCAAAUUAACAUGAAUUUGACAAAUGCUGGAUCCCUUCUAGCUAUGACCCAGGUGAAAUCGUGUGCAACAAUUAAGUAUCACCUGUGGGCAGGGCUUGGCGCCUCAAGGAUGUACAUAUUCUUCUUCUUCUUCUUUGGUAUCAUGGCAUUCACACAUUUGUUUGUGCAUGCCGCCACCUACUGUGUGGGAGUGUGUGGUCGAUCGCGUUACAUUUUGUGAUAUAAAAAUAAAAAGGAAGGGGGAAAGGGAAGAAUUGCACCACCAUUUAAUAAAAAAAAUUAAAACAACACCAGAUUCCACUACGUUGAUCCUAACGGACUAUUUCGUUCAACACACCUUGUAACUCUUUUGCAGUAAAACCUGUAAAUAAUGCCACCACAGCAUCUAUUUUCUGUGGUUUACAUUCCGUUACUGCAGUACAGUUGAUAACCAUGGCAAUGAAUGUUAAGAAGACCUUACUGAAGCACAAAUUCGUAUCACUCUGUAUUGGCCUAGGCCUGAUACUCAUCCAUGACACAUCAUCCUCUUCACUGCCUCAGCAUACGACACCUUCUGUUCUACUCUCAUCCUGGCAACCUCAACCUGUCUCUCUCGCACCGGGCACAAUUGAUACAACACAAGUUUUUCCACCAAUACUACACAUUCCUUUGUCCCAUGCCCUAAAGGAUGUGCAUGUACCUCAGUGAGGUUUUUGGGAUGUGAAAAUGAGCAGUGGAUAAUUUGUUAUUGGUCCAAUAACACUCUCUUCUUAGACACUUGUACUAAAAGUAUAUAUUAUAGGUAGGCUUGGCCUAUUUCAAUUUCCCAUCAUAAAUGGUGUACAUUGGACUGCAGUUCCUGAUACAAAUAAUGUUAUUGAAAAUGUAAUUCUGUAUUCAUUCUGAGCUAGGUUAUUUACAUUUUUCAGAAGACAGUCAAAACAUUUCCUCAAUAUGUGUGUUAUCAUGUGUGCACCCUUAGGGGUGUUGCCAACUAUAGGAUGCAUCCGGUUUUCAGGGAUACAGUUAAUUCAACCUAGCUUCCUUUUCCGCUGGAAACUGGAUGUGGGAACUCCGCUCAGGUGUUUCUUUUACGCCUGCUACAUUAGGUUAUCAUGUGUUUAUUAUUUUGAUUUUCACUUUCCAUCUCUCUUUUCUAGAUUAUAUUCUACGAGGACAGGAACUUUCAGGGCCGCCACUAUGAGUGCAGCAGCGACUGUGCUGAGAUGCACAACCACUUCAGCCGCUGUAACUCCAUUAAGGUGGACAGUGGUUGUUGGGUUGCCUACGAGAAGCCCAACUACACUGGCUACCAGUACAUGCUGAACAAGGGCGAGUACCCCGACUACCAGCGCUGGGCUGGCUUCAACGACUGCAUCCGCUCCUGCCGUAUGGUGCCCCCUGUGAGUCCCACAUAGUUUUCAGUCCCUUGAGUUGAGGGCCACAGUGUCUAAUGUUUUUUUCUGCCUUGGCAUUUAUUAUCAUUUCUUGGCUAGAGAUUAUUACUGACAAAUGCCACCCAACACCUUUUUUUUAACACGGUCAAUUUCUUCUUCACAAAUGUCAUGGUUCAAGUUAUGUUUCAUUCAUUAUGGAACACUUACAUUACCAUCUAUAUACUGUUUGUCAAGUCAAGUGUAUAAUUUAAUAUAUCCAUUCUCCAUUUUGUCUGUCUUCUUCUUCCCAGUAUCAUGGAAACUACAGGAUGAAGAUCUACGAGCGCUCUGACUUCAGGGGUCAGAACAUGGAGAUGAUGGAGGACUGCCCCGACCUGCACGAAAGCUUCCACAGCCGCGACAUCUCCUCCGCCAACGUCAUGGAGGGUUACUGGAUCCUCCACGAGCACCCCCACUACAGGGGUCGUCAGUACUUCCUUCGCCCUGGCGAGUACAGGAGGCACAGUGAGUGGGGAAGCUCCAACCCCACCAUUGGCUCCCUGAGACGUGUCACCCCCUGAAGGUCAACCGAGACCCCCCUAUUCCUCCCCUAAAGCAGCCCUAUUCUAAAUCCUGUACUGCACCCCUACCCUCUAUUGCUAGCACUGUUCGACUGUUGUGUAUCUACUGUGGUAUUCUGACCCUGAAAUCACAUUCAUGUGAUUGGGGGUUUUGGUCCAUUUGGUGUUGGGUCUUUGCUGCUUUGCUUAGACUGGGAAAGUAGACCUCGAUGCUCAGGCGAUGCUCGUAUGGUAACGGUGAUGGUCUCUCUAGCUUUGGUUGUUACAGAGCAGAAUGAUGUGCUUUGCCAGUCCCCAACCCACUAUCCUAUAGGAACCAAAAUAAAUGAAAACUUGAUAAAAGUCAA